GUUUUUAUUUCAAAAAUAGUUUUUUCAUGUAAAUAUCGGCAGACGUUAAUAUUUAUAAUGGCCGGUGCAUCAGAGAGUAGCUCUGAGAAUGAUUCUUAUAAUGCUCCUUCAGAUGAAGAUAAGGCUCACUUAAUUUUGCAGUUUCAGGAAAUUGUUGGCAUAGAAAAUGAAAGAGAGAGUCGUUUAAAAUUGGAAAGUCAUAACUGGAACUUAGAGGCUGCUAUUCAAACAUCGUUUAAUGAAAGUGAAGGGCUUCCGUCUGUUUAUGAUAACAAAUAUAGAUCAGCUGAUGAGUCAAGCAAAGCAAUCACAAAAAGAUCAACUUCACAUAAAAAUGCAAUUCAUAUUACAAGAAGAAAUACAUGGAGCCAAUGGAUAAAAAAUGUUUUUUUCAUUCCCAUUACAAUUUUUCAAAUAUCCUUUCAAUUUGGUUACAGUUUAUUUUCCGAGUUUUUUAAUUUUGUUUUAAGCAUUAUAUCUCCUAGCCAUCGACAAACUUUGCAAGGGCCAAUAGAUGAUGUAUUGAAUUUCAAAAAAGAAUUUGAAAGUGUAUAUGGCAUGCAACAUCCUACAUUUUAUCAAGGAAGCUACCAGCAGGCAUUAAAUGAUGCAAAAAAAGAAUUAAAGUUUCUUCUCAUUUACUUACAUGCUGCUGAUCAUCAAGAUACUCCUGAGUUUUGUAGGGAUGUUCUAUCAAAUAAUGGGUUUGUUGAGUAUGUAAAUGGAAGUAUGAUUUUUUGGGCUUGUGAUGUUAGCAGCAAUGAAGGACAUAGAGUAUCUCGUGCUGUGAGAGAAACAACUUAUCCAUUUCUUGGCUUAGUAUGCCUUAGGGAUUAUCGAAUGGUAAUUGUUUGGAAAUGUGAAGGUUCUAUGAAUGUUGAUCAAAUAAUGGCUGAGUUAGUGCAAGUAAUUGAUGAAAAUGAACCUUCACUUGUUGCUGCUCGUGCUGAAAGGAAUGAACUUAGCAUGUCUCAAAAUAUUCGCAAUGAGCAAGACGCAGCUUACCAAGACUCUUUGGCUAAAGAUAAAAAAAAAGCAGAAGAAAGGCAAAAGUUGUUGGAUGCAGAAAAGAAAAUAGAAUAUGAGCGACAACAAAAAAGGAUAAAAAAGGAAAAAAAAAUUCAAGCUAUCAAAGAAAACCGGGAAAAAUGCUGUCAAGCCUUAAAGAACUGCAUUGAACCAGCUCCAGGUGAUGAAGGCGCCAUCAUGAUACGUGUAAAGUUGCCAAAUGGUCGGCAACUGCAAAGAUACUUUUUAAAAACAACUACUCUUCAGUUUUUAUACAGUUAUGUGUUGGCGAAUGAUGUCACUUUAUCUGAUUUUGUAUUAUCUACUAACUUCCCGAGAAAGUCUUUUGAACUACAAGGAAAUGAACUAAAAACCCUGCAGGAUUUAGGUAUUGUCACAUCUUCUCCGAUGUUUGUUCACAAUGUUGCCGAUGAUAGUUCAGAUGACGAAUAAUAAAAGUUUGUUUAGAGAAUUUUGCAAAACUUUUCUAGUUGCAUAUAUUAUUUAUGAAAUUCUUUAUCUUGUAAAUCGAUUUUAUUUGUUUUAAUAGUUAAUUUGUUUUGCUUACGCAAGAUACCUAAAA